UCAUAACUCUCUCUCUCUCUCUGUAAAAUCCAUAAUCAAAAUUUCCAUGAAAACAUCCAUUUUUUACAAUACCACUAGUUAAUUACUUCACAUUUAUUCCCCAACACCGACCAGAUCAGUCCUAUCUUCUCAUCUUUGAGUUUUGCACAUUCUCUCUCUCUCUCUCUCUCUCUCUACUCUAUAAGCACAACUUGUGUUUUAAAAACUUUGUCACCGAUCUCUCUCCACGAGGAUCCGGCGAAAAUGUCACUGGACAUGACCGGCUCCGAACGUGUUUGUUACGUUCACUGCAACUUCUGCAACACAAUUCUAGCGGUUAGCGUUCCUUGCAACAGCAUGCCGACCAUUGUCACAGUCAGAUGUGGCCAUUGCUCCAAUUUGCUGUCUGUUAAUGUGGGAGCUUUGCUUCAGUCUGUUCACAUUCAAGAUUUCCAGAAACAACAAUCUACCGCUGAAUUAGCUGCCACUAAAGAAUGUGGUUCAUCAUCAAGAUGCAGCAAAUUAACACCAUUUGAGCCUGAAUAUGAACAACCUAGAAUGACUCCGAUACGUCCUCCAGAAAAAAGACAACGCGUUCCUUCAGCAUAUAAUCGAUUUAUAAAGGAGGAGAUUCAGAGGAUAAAGGCUAGCAAUCCAGAGAUUAGCCACCGGGAAGCUUUUAGCACUGCUGCAAAAAAUUGGGCACAUUUUCCUCACAUUCAUUUUGGGCUGAAUCUGGAUGGCAAUAAACAAGCAAAGAUGGGUCAUGCAGUUGGAGGAGAAGGGACACAGCAAUCCGUUGGCUUUUAUUGAAAUUUCUGUUAGUAAUCAAGGACAAAGUUUCUUUUUUCUCUCACAGAAGUUUCAAGAAUUGUGGCACUUUAGUCCCUUUUAUCUUGAAUUUGAAGAUUUACAUAUAAAAUAUUAGAGUAUAUAUAGUUCAAAUCACUGACUUAAAUAGGAGGGACUGAUUGCCACAUUUCUUGAACUUUAGGCGUGCAAAGAUGCACUUUUGUCCUGAAAAUAAAGGUUGUUUAUUUGUCUGUAAGUGUUCAGAUUUUACUGAGGUUUGUGAUCUUUAAAUUAAACAGGAAAAUUCUUGUAUUAAUAUCAGAACCUAUGUAAUAUGUUUGUUGUCCUUUUUCAAUGUGAGUCUGGGCUUGUUGAAGCA